GUGGCUUUUCGACCAAGAGAUGACGACCGGGACGCCAAGUCUACCCGAAGGGCAAGCUCAGCAUUCGAGUCUCACCCUGCAUGCCACCCAAAAUUCAGAAUUGUUAAGAGAACACAUUAUGUCUACUGUUGGCAAUAAAGUAUUCAAGGAUUUGAAGGCAGACGAAGUUGAUGAAGAGGUGACAACCAUUGGUUCACUAUGCCUCAGUUGUCAUGGUCAAGGGGAAACACGACUUCUGCUAACACGGAUUCCCUUCUACAAAGAGGUCGUUCUCAUGUCAUUUCACUGUAAGCAUUGUGGAUGGUCAAACAAUGAAUUGCAAAGUGCUUCCGAGUUCCAGGAACGCGGGCACAAACUUGAUCUCACUGUCAGAUACAAACGUGAUUUGGAUCGGCAGGUCGUAAAGACUGAGUACGCUUCACUGUGUAUUCCCGAAGUCGAAUUUGAAGUUCAAGAGAAAACUCAACCGGGAUUAGUGACAAACAUCGAAGGACUCAUUGAUCGCGCCAUUCAAGGUAUCCGUCAAAUACUGACAUCGCCUGCCGUGGAUGCCGAGACAAUCGAAAAACUUACCAGUUUUACACAAAAAAUGGAGGACCUCAAGAGAGUAGAAAAGCCAUUCCAUUUAAUUAUUGAAGACUGUUCUGGUAAUUCGUUCAUUGAGAACCCGUAUCACCCGGAAAAGGACCUUCAGCUGGUGGUAUCACACUUUCGACGUAGUGUUGAGCAGAACCUGAUGCUGGGUUUACCCGUUGAUGGAGGCUCGUACUCCGGGGGAAAUAUUGAAGAUGAAGCUGCGGACCCGCGCGAGGAAGUACAUAGCUUUGCUACGCGAUGCCCAGAAUGUCAGGCGCCAGCUGAAACCAAAAUGAAGCUCACCGACAUACCGCACUUUAAAGAGGUGGUGAUUAUGGCGCUAGUAUGCGAGGUUUGCGGUCAUAAGACCAAUGAGGUUAAAUCCGGUGGUGGAAUUGAGCCAAAAGGAAAACGUAUAGAAUUAACGCUUAAGGAACGCAUUGAUCUUACCCGCGACGUUCUUAAGAGUGAGACGUGUACUCUAGAAAUACCUGAACUCGAACUUGAGAUUGGUCCAGGCCUAAUAGCUGGAAAAUUUACCACAGUCGAAGGUCUCUUAGAAGACAUAAUUGCUCAGCUGGGCCGCGACAAUCCGUUUAUUCAAGGCGAUUCUGCUACUGGGGAGACAAAAAAACGCCUCGAAAAAUUUGUCACCCGCAUGGAUGCUAUUAAAGAGUUGCGUGAGACUUGCACAGUCGUCUUGGAUGAUCCCUGUGGUAAUUCGUACAUCCAAAAUUUGCUUGCGCCUAACGAAGAUCCUCAACUUCGCAUAAUUCACUAUGAAAGGACAUCUGAACAAAACGAAGAGCUUGGUCUUAAUGAUAUGAAAGUUGAAGAUUACGCAGAGGAGUGCCACUGAUUUUCUGCUAAAGUGUGUAGUGAAUACACGAGUGACCAAUACACCUAAUGUAACUUUCAAAUCCAUUAACACCAUUAUUAAUAAAAUAAUCCACUAA